AAAUAAAAUCAGCUGUCACUGUCUGCUCGUUGGACAGAGAUGAACAUUGCACCGGAGCUGGUCUCCAUCACUGACUGGGAUUUUUCUUUUGGCUUGGAAAGACCCUGCAGGUCGGGGUGCAGUGGCCUUAUUGUGGGAUUCUACUGGCUGAGAUCAUAUUUUUAUAACUUCUUCCUUUCCUGCUGCUGGCAGUGCAGGUUCAACCAGGGCUGGACAUCCUGAAAGUUUUAAACCAGAGGAAUCAGGAUUCACUCUGCAGACUCAGACGUGAUCCCACAGGCUAACUGUGAGGCUUUGUCCCAGGAGGCUGUCUUCAAAGCGAGCAGACAACAACAACACCAGCAGGGUCAUGGAGGAGUCAGAGGUCUGGUCCCUGCCUGGGGGACUUACAAGCGUGAGGAAACAAAUUCAAACCCAGGAAGCUGCAACAUCACACAAUGUGACACAGUUUCAUUUUCAUCACAGAGCGGAGCAGGAAAUGUCGUCCUCUGAGGUAACGGUGUCGAGCGGCAGCAGGCAGGUUGUCCCAGGAAGUCAGCAGCUAAAUUUCCAAGAAACUAUGGUGACACACACUGACAACAACCUGGCAUUCAGUUAUGAAAACCACCAGAAUGAAUCAGAAGAAGAGUUUCCCAGGUACACAACAAAAGAGCUGAGGGAUCACUUUGAAAGAACAAUAGAAGAGGCUGCGGCGCAAAAACCAAUUAAGAUUGGACGUGACAACAGUCGGUCAAAGUGGUCAUCAAACGUGAAUCAAAGUAACCAGCUGACUAGUGAGGUGUGUAAAGAAUUUGCUACAGAGUCAACACAAGCCACCAUGAUGGAUUAUGAGGACUUCCCACCCCCUCCAGCUGAGAAUCUUCCACCUCCUCCUCCAGACUUAUUACAAAUGCCAUCAGACAGUGAAAAUAUUCCAGUGAGCCAUCCCUCACAUGAGCCUCCGGAGCCAGUAAACAAACAACCACUCAACCGAGAAGUUUAUAUCAAGCAGCAGGGUAUUUCAGAGCUGAAACGUCUGUACAAACACAUUCAUCCUGAGGUUCGCAAGAAUAUCGAAAAAGACUUUUACAGCGAAUACACUGAAACAGAGAGCAACCAGCUAGAGAGCCAAAUGUACACGUAUGAGGACGAUGACGUUAGCCCCGAUGACAUUCACUAUGAGGAGUAUGAAGAGUGGGAGGAGAUACUGCCCGGGGAGGUGCAAGCAAUGCGUUGGAUGUUUGAAAAUAAACCGCUGGACGCGAUUAAAGAUGAAACUCCUGAUGAGGAUGAAGACAACAAGAAAAUUACCCAACAGGAAAUAAUUGUGGGUAAAGAUGUAAGACGCACAGCAUGGAUGUUUGAGACCAAGCCAAUAGAUGAGCUGGGCUCACUGAACACCAACUCCACAGAAUAUAAAAACAAAUUUAACAAAUUUGACAAGGGGGAUGUCCGUGCCGCAGCAUGGUUGUUUGAAACCCAAACCAUGGACACGCUGAACAAAAUGCACAAGGAGGAGGAUUUGACAAAAGAGAUUGUGUUUAGUGAAGAGGAUGGGAAUGCUUCUAUUUACAUGAUUGAAAGUAAAUUGAUGGAAAGCCUGGGGCAUACCGAGACUAUUGAUGAGACCCACAUGCUGAGCCUCCGUUCAGUCUUGGAAGAAAUCAGUGGAGAGGUUAAAAUCAUAACAAGCACUUUUGACACUCAGUUUAAAUGUGUCAUCAUGGGACAAUCGAGUCAAAUGCUGGAGAUAAAGUCUGUGCGCAAAAUUGAAACUGAACUGGAGAACUCUAUUGCUUCCCGUUGGCUCUUUGACACCCAACCUCUGGACCUGACAAACAGAGAACUGGCUCCUUUUAAACUUGUGUGUAGUCUGUCUAUGGAGGAUAGCAGCAAGGGAGACUGGGGCAGGUGGUUGUUUGAAAUAAAGACAUUCAAUUCUCUCGAUGAGUGGCAAAGUUUACAAAUGGAGAAGAAAGAUAUCAUCGGAACAGAUGUGUGCAAGCACCGCUUAGUCUUUGAAUCACAACCAAAUGACUCCCCAUUGGAUGUUAGACCUGAGUCUAUUGAAGAGAUCAUUGGGGGAAAUGUUAAAUCUGCAAGGAAUUUUUUUGAAAGCAGUCCUCAAGUAGCCAGGAAGAACUGCCCUGAGGUCGGAAAACUUAAAAAGGCAGCAGUAAAUGAAGAAAUUAAAGGGGAUGUGAGACACCAGAAGUGGCGUUUUGAGAGUCAGCCUCUGGAACAAAUAAGAGAUGAGAAGAAAGAGGUCAUUCGUACUGUGAAUGUUGAGGAUGACCUCACGCAAGAGGACGGCACGAGUUGGAGGGCAGAUGUUCGUAGGAACUGUUGGGUCUUCGAGACACAGCCAAUGGAUAAAUUAAAAGACGACUCAAACACUCGCUCCUCGACAAAGGAAGAGAUAAUUGCCGGUAACGUGAGAUCAGCCAGAGAUUAUUUUGAAAUGAUUCCAGGUGAAGACUUGAAGGAGUUGGCAGAGGUGGGAAAACUGAAAAAGACCUUACCCCUUAAUGAAGAGAAGGGUGAUGUAAGGCAUCAGAAAUGGCUGUUUGAAAGCCAACCACUGGAGCAAAUUAGAGAGGAAAAGAAAGAAUUAAUACGAACAAUUGACUUAGAAGAAAUUGAUAAAGUUGAUGUGUCAAACUACAAGCAAAUCUUUGAGAGCACAGACCUAAACAUGAGUAAGGAAUCUCAAAUGAUUGAAAUAGAGGGUGUGAUAUCCGGUUCCGUCAAGUCCAAUAAGAACCUGUUUGAGUCGUCAGCACUGUAUGCCAUGCAAGACAGCUCGGGCCACUUCCAUGAGGUGAAGACAGUGCGCCGUGAGGAGGUGGUUAAAGGAGAUGUCACAACCUACAAAUGGAUGUUUGAAACGCGACCAAUAGAUCAGUUCGAUGAAAGCGUUGAAAAAUACCAAAUUAUUAAGGGCAUUUCCAAACAGGAAGUUGAGUCUGGUGAUGUCAAGACUGCAAAGUGGCUGUUUGAAACACAGCCUCUUGAUGCUAUCAAGUACUUCAGCAAUAUCGAGGAUGAGGAAUCCAUGAAGACAAGUGAAAAACUUGAUGUUUUGAAGGGGGAUGUGAAAACGUGCAAGUGGUUAUUUGAAACAAAGCCAAUGGACAUAUUGUAUGAAAGAGUGGAGCUAAAAAGUGAGAAUGAAUCCGAGGAAAUACGUAAGGGAGAUGUCAAGACCUGCACAUGGCUGUUUGAGACACAAACGCUUGAUUCCAUCCACGAUGAAAAGGAAACAGUUCUGAAGACACGCAGUUUAAACCGAGAGGACAUCAGAGGAAAAGACGUUAAAACGGCUUGCUUUCUGUUUGAGACAGAAAACCUGGAGAACCUGAGUGGGGAGGAGGAAGGAUCCUAUAAACGUGUCACGGAGAUAGAUAUUGCAUCUGGAGAUGUCUCAAGAAUAAAGUAUAUUUUUGAAAACCAAACAUCAGACAUCAUGACGUCUUCUUCCGAAGAGGCAAUGCAAAAGCUCAAGAGAGUUCAGACCGAGGACAUACAAAGAGGAAAUGUGGUAAACUGCAAAUGGCUCUUUGAAAACCAGUCCAUUGACCAAAUACAUGACAGCCAAGAAGAGUAUAUCAGCAAUCAAAAAGUCGAGGACGUGCAACGAGGAGAUGUCAAUAAAGGUCGGUUUAUUUUUGAGACUUAUUCCCUAGAUAAAAUCCACGAGGCUUCCUCCGAGACAGAAGAGAUAAAAACAUCCAAAAUCAUCUGCGACAAGGAAGAGAAGGGUGAUGUGAGAAAUUACACCAUGAUGUUUGAAACGCAGCCGCUUUAUGCCAUACAGGACAAAGAGGGCUACUACCAUGAGGUCACCACUGUCACAAGCGAGGAGGUGAAGAAGGGAGAUGUUGUCGGGACCCGGUGGUUGUUUGAGACGAAACCACUCGAUGCGAUUAAAGACACAGAUGAGGUCUAUAUCAUCAAAUCUGUGACACAACAGGAUGUGCAAAAAGGAGACGUUACAUCUGCCAAGUGGAAAUUUGAGACGCAACCUCUUGACAGGAUCGCAGAAGAAAAGAAGCCUCUGAUAAAAACCGUGGAAGACAUUCAAGGAGGCAAUGUUAGAGUGAAUAAACAACGUUUUGAAACUGACACCUCUUCAGAGGGAUCUGUUAGGACUGUUAAUGUGAGCGAAAUACAAAGAGGUGAUGUCAGGUCUGCAAAGUGGAGGUUUGAAACCCAGUCCAUUGACAAAAUAAGAAGCAUGAGCUCCGAAAAUCUGAUUGAAACUGUGAAGCAGGAGGAGGUUGCAAAGGGAGAUGUUAAACAUUCAGUCUGGCUGUUUGAGAAAAAUCCUCUCGACCAUAUUAAAGAAGUAGAUGAGGACGAGAAUGUAUCUGUCACUCAUGAGGAAAUUCCCAAAGCGGAUGUAAAAACAACGACAUGGCUCUUUGAAACGACACCGUUUGACGGUUUUAGCGAGACUAAGGUAGAAAAGGCUGAAAUAUUGGGGAAAAGCAUCAAGGGAACUCUUGAGGAACUUUACAGUCAGAAAAUGGUGAAUUCAAAGGGAAUACUAAUUGAGGCGGAUGAAAUUGGCGAUGUAAGGAUGGCAAAGUACCAGCUAAUGAAUAAGCAGACUCCAGAGAUUCAGCGAGAGGAAAUCAUCAGGGGGGAUCUGCAGACUAUCAUGAUGAACCUUCUGAACAGAAAGGAGAAUAAGCAGCAGCAAAUAGUCAUCGAUUCAGAGGAGAAGGGAAACAUCAGUUCAACUGUGGAGCAACUGUUGAGCCAAGAGAGAGAAAGCAAUGUUGAGAAGGAGGAAAUACUGCAUGGUGACAUUCGAGAAGCAAUCAACAACCUCUUCUGCGAGAGUGGAUCAGUGAAACAGGGUAUACUCAUUCAGGAGGAUGAAAAAGGAGACAUACGGAUGACAUUAUAUUCCCUCCUGCAUAAAGACCAGAAUACUGAUGUUGAAAAGGAAGAUGUUGUAAAAGGGGACAUAAAGAGUGCUCUUGAACGUCUGUCCAGCUCAGAAAAGACCGACCAGGCAGUAAAGAUAAAGAUAGAUGACACUGAAAAAGGAAAUGUCCAUUUUUACUCCACAUGCAUCGAAUCUGGAGCUCUUGAUUAUCUUAAGCAGCUCCAGUUAGGCCCUGAUGAAAUGCCGGAUGACACCGGUAAAAAAGAGAAGAUCAUUGGAGGGGACAUCAAGAGCACCAAAUCUAUCCUUGGCCAACAUCAAAUGCAAAUUGAGCGCACAGUAGAGGAUGUUAUACCAGGAGAUGUUCACAAUGCAUUAAAAGUUUUCACGUCUGAGCCAACUGUCGCACUGGAAAGAAUCCAGAAGGAGGAGAUAGUCAAAGGAGAUUUAAAAGCCGCUUUGAGCUCAUUGUCUGAAUCCGCUAAUCAGACAGUGGUUGUGGAAAAGGAGGAGGUGGUGAAAGGCAAUAUCCCAAAAGCUCUGCGAUGUUUGGAGAGGGCUCAGAGACGCAACAAAGAGGCGGAGAAGCCGGAUAUUAUUCCAGGAAAUAUCAGGGGGGCUCUGAGAUCCCUUGAGAAAUCAUCCACCUCCAGAGUUGGAGCUGUGGUUGUUGAGGAUUUGGUUCCUGGAGAUGUGAAGGCUACUCUAAAAUCCCUGGAACUGGCAAAGCAAUCAGUGAGGGAAGUUGAAAAGGAAGAAAUUGUGCGAGGUGAUAUAUAUACGGCCAUGCAAAAUCUACAAGAUGCAUCCAGUGAGAGGAAAACAUGUCAGCAGGAAAUAGAUGUUCAAGGAGACGUCAAAGGGACAAUUCAGCUCUUCAUGGAGCCCCCACAGUCGCCAAGAACCCAGCAGAAAUUCAGCCUUGAAGAUGAUAUUAAGGGUGACAUCAAAAUGUCAAUCAAGUCAUUAUAUGAGACACAGGAGCAAACCCAACAGGAGAAAGAGGAAGUGAUAAAGGGUGAUGUUAAAGGCACGAUCAAAUCGCUGAUGGAAACAGCACAGCGGGAAACUCCCAAAGUCAGGCAUGGAGCAUACAGAAGGGUUAAAGUCAAGCAAGGCCCUCCUGUGAAAAACCUGAAACCAGAUGCCCAGAGGAGCAUACAAAAGAUAAAAACAGCAAAGCAGACUGAGACAUCCAAGGAAAAUCUCUCCAUCACUAAUCAAUCAGGAAAUGUUAGAACAAAGACAUCAACGGUGGUGGAGCACAAAACUAUUACCCAAAACCAUGGCAUAAAAACGGUAAAAACAGAGUUUUGUAAUCUUAAAUCUAACCAAAGGGGGAUGGGAAAACUUUGCAAAACCAAAGUAAAAACUGACAAUUACCUGCUAAAGACUCAAGCCCCCGAACCUGAUUUACCUCUACCACCGCCACCUGUUACAGAAACCGACCUUCUUCCUCCUCCUCCUCCCAGUCCUCUUCCACCAACUGCUGAUACCGACUCUGACCACCUUCUUCCUCCCCCACCACCACCACUCACCAGUGAGCAAGACUUCCUGCCACCUCCUCCACCCCAACGAGAACUGGAGAGUUUCCCAGCUCACAUAGCCCCUCCUUCUCCAUCAACAGCAAAAAGAAUGACAGUGAAAAAAGUUAAAGCUCCUGCUUUGCACCAAGUCCCAAAGUUGGAGUCUAAAGUUGAAAUCAGUAAAAAGCAACAGGUGCAGGGAACGUCGACAAAAACUGUGCAGAUGAUCCAAAAUGAAACAGAAACAACCAUGCAAAUGUCAAAAACGGUCUCCCGUGAAAUCCCUCCUCCACCCCCAGAAUCACCUAGACCUUUGAAAAACGUCCACAUGGCUCCAGUGAGAUUCACCCCACCGACGUCCCCACUUCCAUCAGCAGAUUCACCCCUACCAUUAAGGAGAGUGUACGUCGCUCCGGUGAAAUUUACUCCACCACCUUCCCCUCCACCCUUCAUGAGAGAGAAAACCAGUAAAUUUAACACAGCGUUAAUAAAAGCGGAGGAAAAAUACCGGAAGCUGAAGGAGGAAAACACGCCCCCAACCACUCCAUCUCCCACUUUUGUGCAUGAAUCUGUGAGUGCCGCUCUUGAAAUGCUGUCCGCUAAGGACCAGGUAAAUUACAGCAUCUCAGGAAUCACACAGGAGGGAAGUAAAAAUACAAAAACGGGUGCCCACUUAGACUCCUCCUUGCAGGUUUUGGUAUCCGAUACAACCCGAAGCGACGGCAGAUCUCAGCAUGACAAAACCACUGUGGAUUCUACAGCUAUGUCGCUGGCUAAACAGCAAAUGGUAUCGAAUGAGACUACAAAGGUUAUCUCCAGCCUAAAGACCUCAUCCGUCUCAGCAGUUAAACAACACAUGCAAGUGACUACACAGAAAACUGUAACUGUGUCUUCUAAUCAGAUGGGGCAACCUGGCCUGACUGUCUCUGAUGUAACUGGCCAUGCAAAGAAAGACACUAAAACACAAAAUGCAAAGAACUCCACAAAACCAGAAGAUAAAAAGAGAACUGAAACUGCAUCAAAACAUGUUCCCGACAAUGUCUCUAAAGAUGAACCAAGAAAAGGAAAUGCGUCUUCAAAUAAGGUUCAGGAAAAUGUCUCAGACCAGCAAACAGAAAAUACGACUCCCAGCGCAAAUGGAAAAGCGAUCAAACAAAACCAAAAGUCUAAAAAGAACAACAGCAAACAAGAAAAGCCAGCAGAGACAAACAAGUCCAAUGACAGUGAGAGGCAGAGUGUUUCACAGGAGUCAAAAGUUGAAAUGAUAAAAGUCACAGAGAUAAAACAGGAGAUAAAGAAAGAUAUUCCCUCCCCUCCUGUGGCCACAACACCUGAGAGCAACACUGGCAAUCAGCCCGAAACUCCAGCUCCAGCGAAGAAGAAGAAGAAAUCCAGAAAGUCUAAAGGGGCUGCACAGCAAGGUCAGGGCAAAGAAAAUGUCACUGAAUCAAACACAGAAACAAAGAGAGUAACAUCUGAAACGACUCAACAAGCACAUGAAAAGAUUUCUGUCAACCAAAUUCGCAAAACUAUAAAAGAAGAGCAUGAUCAAAUCAAGAGAGAAUUUACUACCACCGACGGAGGAGAUGAUAAGAAGUCUCUGCAACAAAAAGCACUUCAAACGCAAGGGGAGGGAUCUCAAAAGAAAGAGAUGACAGUUACUCAACAGAGCGCAAAGGAACAGCUAAAAGAAAGCACGGAUGUCCCAAUUAUGAUGACAGGCAAGUCAGAGCAAAAUGAACUUGUAAAAUCAACAACAGAGGGAACAAAGGCAUCUCGGAAGCAUGACGUUCAAGUGUUAAUCUCUCAAAUCACAGAGAUACAAAACAUUUCAGAGAAGAUUCAUUCUAAAUCUAUUAAAACUCUGUUAAACUCAGUGCCAGGUUGGAUCAUGAGUCCGGAAAGGAAACUCAAGCUGGAACAAAGCGCCGAUGACAGAGAUGCUCGGACUCAUGAAGAAAUUAUUUUGAAUGUGAGAAAACUUGCAGAAUCCAAACUGAUGGAUCUGGCAGAUGAAAAACUGGAGAUGCACGAACGUGAGCUCACAGCGGAGAAAGCAGGUUCCGCCUUGGCGGCACAACGCAUAUCAAAAAUCAGUAUUAGUUCUGCCAAAAUUGAACACCAAACUCUUAAAAGCACGUCACAUGAAAGCAGGAGAGAAGAAGUGAGUUUGUGCAAAUCCAUGGACCUCCGAGCGCCGUCGCCCUCGCUCAGAAUGCGUCCUCCGUCUCCAACGUUUAUCACCAUCGAGUCCACGCGAAGGACAGACUCGCCACAACGAGUGACUCCGUCGCCCACCCUGCUCCACAGGCCGCCCACCCCUCCUACGCCCCCACCGCGCAGAUGCGACACCCCAACAUCGCGCAUCAACAGAAUCACACCCUCCCCAACUUUUGAUAAAGCAGAGAAUUUGGCUCGGCUCAAAGAAACUACGGCAAAACUGUCUCGGGUCGUCACACCCCCACCGCUCACUGUCCAUCCAGUCACUGAGAAAAUAUUAGAGGAAGUAAAACUGCCUUCAACGUUUCAUCAGCAAAUCAAGAGCGAUUCUAAAGCCAUGGAAACUUCAGUGCCGCUGUUUAGCUCGCCGAACUCAGAUACAAUCGUCACACAAAGUAGUCCUGAGAACAAUGUGCUGCUGCUGCAAACAGAGCUAAAUGCCGCAGAUGACUCGGAUGAUUCUGACCUAAUAUCUGCAUCGGUCAAAGAAAAACGGGAGUUUUUUGAAGGUGCGCAGAAAGCUGAGCUUAAUAAGAUAUUUGUGCGCAAGGAGCCCGUGGCCCUCACUGAACGCCUGGGCCCUGACAUGGAGCAGUGUGAGGCUGAAAAGAAGAGCAGAGAGAAUGAUGAACAUCUCAGGGCAGACUUGUCAAGCUUUGUAAACAAAACCGAAUCCCCAGAAGAGAAGCCGUAUAGCAGAAAAGAGCUCCUCCCACCCGCAGAGCGCCUGCACAAUGACACAGAAAGCUCAGACUGCGAUAAAGAAAAAGCAGACGUCCUACAACGGGAGAUGCCGGCUUUUAAUAUCCAGGCGAUUAGAAAUGUUUUUGAACUGGGUGAGCAAAGUUCCUCAGUUACAGAGGAGAGAAGGGACAAGGAGGAGCUCGUGUCAAGCCUCGGCGAAACAAGAGCAGACACUUCAAAUCUUCAAAGACCUCACGAGACAAAAGGAGGCUCAAGGCAGAGCACCCCCCUCCCUUUUCUGAAAGAGGCUGCGGAAACAAUCCUGACCCUGCCGUCCGCCCUCUCAGAAACCAAAACGGUCACAGAGCAUUUCUCAGAUGUUGAUGAAUUUGGUAACCAGGUAACUGGUGUCACUCAGCACUCCGAAAGCGUCUCUACCCAGCAGGCCCCUUUUUCUUAUGCCGACGCCGUUAAAAGGAAAGCUGCCAGGCGAGCAGAAACCUAUGACGAGGAUGCCACGGAAAAGCUGCUGAUGAAUUUCCAUAAGACAUGGACAGAGAGCGAGACCGUUUUCAAGAACCUUGGCUAUACCAUUUCUGAAGAGACAUCGUCACAAGCUGUCAUACGUCAGACGACGACUAUCUCAUCGGAUUCGGGUUCCGAAGUCGGAGCUUUGCACGGCGUGUCGGAGGAGGGCUUAUCCGAUGGAUGCUCUGAUGGUGGACAAAAAAAAGUACCAUAAAUCCUGUUUCUGCUGUGAGCACUGCAGAAACAAACUGAGUUUGGGAAAUUACGUCUCUCUCCAUGGACAUUUUUACUGCCAACCUCAUUACAAGCAACUUCUCCAAUCCAAAGGAAUCCACGACAACGGUCUUGGACAAAACCCUCCUGAGGGAGGCAGCGGGCCAAUCCCUCUAGAUGAAAAAACUGAAUUGAGAUAUUCCAUGAACAGAGCAAACUCGGUAGAUAAACCCCACAGAGGUGAAAACGAAAUGACGAAAACAUUUGAUGAAAGCAAGCCACACUGCAACAAAAUGACCGUAGUUUGGCCCCCUCAGGGUGAUCCACCAAAGAAAACCUUUAAAAUUGAGGAAGACAUUCAGUUAACAAAACCACACUGGCCCCCCCUGGACAGCUCCCCCAUUUCCCCCAAGCUCCAACACAGAAAGGCUGUUCCCAGAAGCAUCCUUUGAAACGUAAUCUCCCACAUUCAGAAUGUAGAAUCAAAAAAGACUUAAUGGUAAAGUAGGCUGCUGAUGGUGCAGUUAAGAGGGUGUUUAGCUGAAGGUCAUACAGUUAAGUAAUGUAAAAAGGGGAAGAGUAACUGGCAGGAAUAGAAAGGAAGACUGUGUAUAUAUUUGUAAAUUGCGAGAGAAAAGCAGGAUAUAAUGUAAGUGAAGGAAGGGUAGAUAAAAGUGCAAAUAAAAGUGCAGAAGGUGGAUAUGUGGCUGAUACGGAAUGCCUGAGCAGACGUGGAGAUUAUUCUGUGCGUCAUUUUCAAGUUAACUGCAGUGUUUGGUUGGUUUUCCCUGAUAGGCAGUAGUACAGCUAAAAAAAAGACAUUCAGUAUUUGACCCCACAAGGAAAUCUUCUGUGAUAUGAAUCAGUUCUGUUACUUUAGUUUUUAUUGUGUUCACCGUUUAGUUGAUUUAAAUCACUUGAAAGUCUUUACCUUCUGAUCAUUAUGAAGUUCUAGUGAAAUAUCAUUCAGCUCAGUUCUGUUUGAUUCUAAAAUAAAUUAGUUAAGUAUUGUUAUUCUUUAACUAAUAGAUUCCAGAUCGACAAAAACAGCUUCACUCUGUUUUUCUCUACUUUUGUAUUAUUUCGGCAGGUCGACCUGUCAACAUAACAUUUUUAAGCAUUAAUAUUAUUCGCACCUGGUGUGCAGACUGAUCAAAUCUUCUUAAAAUUAUCUUAUUUAUAACAUAGAAAGUAUAUAAUAUAAUUGAGUUAACUGAGACAUUUGUAUCCUACGUUGAACGGAAUGUAUUUUACGAUGAAAAAGGUGUAUUUUUUAAAAUAGACAGUUUCAUGUUCUUUCCUUUGUACAAGAACAUUUCUGAUAAUGUCCUGCUCUCAGGCUGCUCCAUCUGAAAUAUCGCUGAUCAAAGGGCAAUAAAAUGCUAAAUCCUA